CGCCAAUUGCUGGCAUUUUGCUUCUUGUCCUUCCGAAUGUAUGCAUUAGGGCCUCGGGCCCUUGCACCCGCCUCACGAGUCUCCCCAUCAUCAAGGCUAGCGCUUUCGGUCGCUCAUGGCGGCCAGUGUCGACACUUCCACCCGUCCUUUAGGUUGCGGAAGAGCCCGUCCGAAGGCGGCGCAGACGACGGCAAACCACCAGACAAACCCGCCGGCGAGCAAGAGGACGGCAGUAGGAGUAAGGAUGGCAACGUGAGCAAGACGGAGUCGGCCACGGCGGAGUCAGCUUUUCGGAGGUCGAGAGGCGGCGCGUUCGCCUCUGCGAGAGCGCGCCUUUCGAGGCCGCGGGCCGCAGACGAGCUCCCACCCGUGAAGCUGCCGCAGAGCUUCCUCGAUACCAGCGUGUCGCUGUACGACCCCGAAAACCGAAUCAACACCCUCACGAACGACCUGUGGCACCAUCGGUACAUGGGCGCCCGCUGGCACGACCUGCUCUGGAAAGAUUUGGAUCUCGUGUUUAGCCAUGCGUCUUGGAGCGAAGCGAAGCUGCAAGAUGCGCUGCGCCGGGGCAACCUCGAAGCCAUUGAGAGGAGGAGCCGCCUCCUCGCUGAGGCAUCGCAGUGGCUGAGUCUCUCCAUUGACGAGAUGCGAUCUUCGAAUAACCUGCAGAGCUCCCGCGAGCCGCUGCCGACCACGGAAUUCGCAGACAUGCUUCGAUACUCCAACAAGUUCGUCCUCUCGAACCUGUUGUCGCAACACACCAGAGCCACGACGGACGCCGACCCAACACAAGAUCCAGACAGCGUACUGCAGUCGCUUGUCGAGCAAUACAUCGAGGAGGGACGGCCGAAGCUGAGACGUGACGGACUGAGGCUAUUCGAUCCCAGAAUCCGCGGUGAAGUUGUCACGGCUGUGUGUGCGGAGCUUUCCCUGCAGCCGGACGCAAGCGCGGCAGGCAGGGAGCUCAAGAGACCCCUUACUGUCGUCAACAUCCCGAACUACACCGGUCGAAGCCAUGCCAAGAAGCUUAUGAAGCACGUUGCGUCAUGCGCGGAGGCCGAUUUGAUCCACCUCGAUGCGCAGGAGUUAGCGAUGCUCGUCGGCGACUAUAUCGGACAGGACUGUGCCUACUCGCGAGGCUCCAUCUCUAUGCUGGGAUACCGGUCUGCCGAGAUGAAUGGACGUCUCGUCAAGAGCGAGGAGCCAUCCAAGCCUAACGACGAGGAUCUUUCUGGCGAGAUCGAAGCGGCUUGGGUCAACCUCCGGGAUCACGGUGUGGAUGGGGGCUACGGCAACCCUAUGGAUAAUGAACUGCAAAAGAUCAAAGAAGGCCCCAAGGACUAUAUCCUCCCUUCUGUCGAUCGAUGGGAAAACCUGAAGAUCAACGCCGUUCUCGAGGAGAUUGCCAACUCGGCCGCGAAGAUGACAUCGGAGCCGGAUCGCAACCUGAUUAUCCAUGUGGACGACUUUGUUGAGCUCAACAUGACGCUCGAGGGUGCACUGCUUAUCGGUCGACUAAGGACCAUCGUCGACACCAUGUGGCGCGCCGGAAAGAGAGUGACCCUCGUGGGCACCUCAUCCAACGAGAACCCUUCAGAGCAAUACGCAUCGACGCUCAAGGAGAUCGCGGCAGAGGAGUGUCUGAUCCCCUUGCCCCUAAACUUCCAGCGGAUCACCGACGCUGCAAACACCAAGAAGAUUUACGAGGCCAACGACUACUUGCAAGAGAACCUGCGAAACAUCCAGCACAUGUUGAAAAGCAUUUCUGGCCAAACGCGAGACACGAGCAAACUGCGCAUCGUCGGCGUGUCAAAGUCGUCGCCGCCGCAGUUCCUCUUGGAUGACACGCACGGCUCUUAUAUGGAGGUUUCGCUCACCCCCCGCGUCCUAGCAACCUCCAUCCUCCCCCUUUCCGACGUAUACCACAUAACCCGCCUCUUCUACGCCUGUGAGGGCACCGUCAGCCCCGACCAAUCAUGGAGGGUUCUCUUCGAUGUCGUCGAGUCCAGCAGCUACAGCACCGCGCAACUGCACCGCACCCAGGACCGGCCGACGCGCUCCAAACCUUCCUCCGGCGGCGGAAGCUCAGCUGCCGACAUGCAGAAGCCCGAACCCGAACGCCUUCGUGUGUCCGGCAACUACAACGACUACGAGAAGAAGCUUCUCAGCGGUCUCGUCAACAGCAGCGAGAUCAAGACGACGUUCAACGACGUCCACGCCGACCCGGAGACCAAGAACAACCUCAAGCUCCUGACGUCGCUCUCGCUCGUCCGUCCCGAAGCCUUUACCUACGGCGUCCUCGCCACCGACAGGAUACCAGGUUGUCUCCUCUACGGCCCGCCCGGCACCGGCAAGACCCUCCUCGCCAAGGCCGUCGCCAAGGAAUCCGGCGCCAACAUGCUCGAGGUCAGCGGCGCCAGCAUCAACGACAUGUACGUCGGCCAGAGCGAGAAGAACGUGCGCGCCCUCUUUUCCCUCGCCAAGAAGCUGAGCCCGCUCGUCAUCUUCAUCGACGAGGCCGACGCCCUCCUCGCCGCCCGCGGGCAGCGCAACCGCGCCGCGCACCGCGAGACCAUUAACCAGUUCCUGCGCGAGUGGGACGGCAUGAGCGACACCAAGGCCUUCAUCAUGGUCGCUACCAACCGGCCCUUUGACCUCGACGACGCCGUGCUCCGCCGUCUGCCGCGCAAGAUCCUCGUCGACCUGCCGCUGAAAACAGACCGCGCCUCCAUCCUCCGCAUCCUUUUGAAGGGCGAGACGCUCGACGCGUCGGUGGACGUCGACGACGUCGCGCGCAGGACGGUGCUCUAUUCCGGCUCCGACCUCAAGAACCUCUGCGUCGCGGCCGCCAUGACGGCCGUCCAAGAGGAGAGCGAGGAGGCGGCGCGGCACGCCGGGCCGGAGCCGUAUGUGUUCCCGCCCAAGCGGACGCUCGCGAAGCAUCACUUUGAUAAAGCGCUCAAGAUGAUUGCCGCCAGCGUCAGCGAGGACAUGGACAGUUUGAAGAGCAUCCGGCGGUUCGAUGAAAAGUACGGCGAUGUGAGGGCGAAGAAUAGCCAGAAGAGGAAGGGUAUGGGGUUCGGUGUGUUGCCGACUUCGACGGAUGCUGAGGAGGCUAGGGUGCGGCAGGCUGUUGCUUGAAUACUCUUGCCGCCUGGAUCAAGGUUUCAAUUUGAUUUUUUUCAUGUCUUUUUUUUUCUUUUUCUCUUUGUAAUGUCAUUCUAGCCGCUGAAGCAAACUCCUCCUACUUGGACCAGAGAGGGGUUAGCCUUUGACGCGAAUUUGUACGAUUUUGUUGCGUGAUGGAAAAGAUUUUCCCUUUGAGGAUGUCCCAUCGUAGGUUCGGGGGCUAUAGAAAGGGGGGG